CGAGGGAACACCAAAUCAAAACUGAUAUUAAUAGUGGCAGCCCUGUUAUUGAACGGGGUUGUUUGGCUUAAAAAACAAAUCAAUUCGCACAAAAACAUUGCCAAAAAGAUCAAAAUGGUGUCCCUGGAGAAGCUGAAACAAUUGAGACUGAUCCAUCUGUGCAUCGCGCUCACCUUCUUCACCAGUGGGCUGUGCAUCAACUUUAUCCAGUUGCUAAUGCACGUAUUUAUCAAACCGAUAGACAAGCGACUCUUCCGCAAGUUGAUGUACUAUGCCUGCUAUUCGCUCUACUCCCAACUCAUCUUCGUGUCCGACUGGUAUGCCGGCAGCAAGAUGACUGUCUAUAUGGACAAAGAGGACUUUGAGAAGCAUGCUGGAAAGGAGCACGUGCUCCUGAUUAUGAACCAUAAGUACGAGAUCGACUGGCUCAACGGCUGGAUGAUCUGCGACAAGUUGGGAGUCCUGGGCAACUGCAAGGCCUAUGCUAAGAAGGCCAUCCGAUAUGUGCCCAUCAUCGGCUGGGGCUGGUGGCUCGCCGAGUUCGUCUUCCUCAACCGUAACUUUGACCAGGACAAGACCAUUAUCACCGAACAGCUCAAGGUGGUCUACUCCUAUCCCGAUCCCACCUGGCUUUUGCUCAACGCGGAGGGCACCCGUUUCACUCCCGCCAAGCACGAGGCAUCCGUGAAGUUCGCCCAGGAAAGGGGCAUGACGGUGCUGAAGCACCACUUGAUCCCACGCACUAAGGGAUUCACCGCCAGUUUAGCACCCAUCCGGGGUCUCUGCCCGGUCAUCUACGACAUUAACCUAGCUUACAGGCCCACAGACAAGGUUCCUGCCACAAUGUUGAGUCUUCUGCAUGGAAAGGGAGUGGAACCUCACCUGCUGAUGAGGCGUAUCCCCCUUGAACAGGUGCCUGAAGACGAGAAGGAGGCCGCCGCCUGGCUGCAGAAUCUGUUCGUGGAAAAGGACAAGAUCAUCGACAGCUUCCUGGAGACUGGCAGCUUCUUUAAGACGUCCGGCGUGAAGGAAGUGCCAGCCUAUGUGAACAAACGCCGGCUGUGUUCUCUUGUGAAUUUCGCCUGCUGGGCGACUUUCUCGCUUUUCUGCAUUUUCUACUACUUGGUCACUUCCCUGUUGGCUGCCAAUUGGACGGCCUUUAUCGCUGCUGUUUCAGUGCUGGGACUUUUUUACUGGCUAAUGGGUCAGGCCAUUAACAAGACGCAGAUUAGCAGAGGAUCCAGCUAUGGAUCCUCCAAGUCAAGCACAAAAUAACUUUCGAUUUCGCAUUUAGUUUCGAUUGUUGUCGAACUCAAUUAUCUACAAGUGACUUUGUAAAACGCAGUCCUCUCACAAAUCUCUCUGCUAAAUGGAUCAAUUCGCGAUUCCUCCCCGGACGAUUUAAAAAGUGUUUUUGAACAGAAAGUGCAUGUUUUUUGUCUAAGUUUAUGGUUACAAGGUAACUCCCGCACACUGGAGCCAUCAAUUUGCGUACGUAGUUGGUAGUUGUACACCUAAGUGGAAAUUUAAUUGUUUGAUCAAUUGUAUUUUGGCGAGCAUUGCAAUAAUUAAAUUAAACAGAACGUGA